AACAUCUGAUUGGUCGGUCGUGACUCAUGCGCAGUAGACAACAAUGAACGACUUCACAGUCUAAUUCAACGGCUGGAGUUGAGUAGCAUUUGUAUUUAGUAUCAAUUCCCGGUAACUUCUGGCUAAUUCAGUCGAAAAUGUGUGAAGGUCCUUCCUUGAUAUCUGGCCCCAUCCCUCCGGAUCCGUCGCUCUUUCCUCAGUACUACAGGCAGCCUGCCUCUGCUAGGGGCCGUUUAGAGGGAAACCACCAGGCAGCUCAAGCUCUGCUCUUGGGGCCACUUGCCCCUGACCCCUCCCUAUACCCAGAAUGCUACAGUGCACGGGCAGCCCCUCCCCCUCGCAUUGGUGCUGGUGCUGCCCACAAUCGGGAGAAAAGCCAAAGUGGAGUAGUGGGGGUCCUUCUCAAGCUGGAGGGGGUCUCUCUCAACCCUAACCCCAUCAGAGCAAAGGCUCAGUCGCGGGACUACGGCAGGGAGAAUGUGCGCAGGCUAAGGGCGAUCCAGAGACGGUGCCGAGAGCUGGAGGCCGAGAGGGAGCGCUCCCGGCCUACUCCCGUCAAGGCACUCUGGACCUCCUCCAAGUACCAGAGCGUCCCGUCGAAGGUGAUGGCUCACCUACAGGAUGCUGCCCCCCCCAAGAAGGCCGAGUGCCAGAACUAUCUUAAAGCACACUCCCGCGGCGGAGCUCAGGGGUCGCCGCGCCUGCACCGCGCAGCCUCCUCCCACAGCCUGGUCGCCCCCGAUGCCGAGAUGCGAGUGUGUGGGGUGGCCAUGGACUUUGUGAGGCACAACAUGCACGCUGCAGGAAAGACAGCGCUGCGGCGCUCGCAGUCCCUCCAGUCGCUGGUGAAGCUGCCCAGCGCACAGAAGGGGCGCGUGCCGAAAUAUCUUGAGCAGAGGAAGGAACAGUGGCGACAAGAGGAGGAAGAGAAGAGAAGGAACACUCCCGACCCGUCUAUCCCAGCAGGACACUCCUUGAUGUCUGAGAAGGAGAGACAGGAAACACUUCAGUCACUGAAAGAAACUCAACAGUCCCUGGUGAACGAGCUCCUCUCUCUGCCUGUGCGUGUGGAUACCUUGAGCGUUCAGAAUCGCCGGGCUCAGCUGGACCGCAAGCUGUCUGAAGUAGAGGAGGCCAUCAAGGUCUUCUCCCGGGACAAAGUGUUUGUCAAGAUUGACUCUUAGCAAGGCCAGCAAAAUGUCUUCCUAGAAUAAAGUAUUGGUCAGUAUUCCCAGCUUGGGGAGAAACUGAAAGACCAGACAAUAUUUUCUAUCAAGAGUAAUACUCUUUGUCCAUUUUUGUAUUACAUUGUAAAUAAAUGUUUUGUAGCAAAUGUAGUAUUUAUCAUUGCAUUUCAAUGUUAAGACUCUUUGUCUAAUGUUCUAUUUAUUCAUAAUCUGUAAAUAUGAUACAAAAUAUGAGAUUAAUUUGUAAUCAAAGUUUUCUAGAUCUGGAAGGCAACAAAAUAGAGUUGUUAUUCCAUCGGUGAUCUGGGAAUCUUACAGGAAUACAACCUAGACAGCUCCCAGGGGAGCUAUUCCUGGCUUAUCCCCCUGGGCCCUGGACACACUGGAGGGAUUAAAUCCCCCAGCUGGCUUGGGAAAGUCUAGGGAUCCCCCAGGGCAAGACAGUGGCCAAAGAAAAAGACCUGAUCCGACCUGCUUGGCACGAUGCCCCCGCAAGCCUCACCAGGGUGAGGGAUGGGAAUAAAAUGAUGAUGAUGAUGAUGAUGAGAAGGAGAAGUUUCCUUAAAAUGACCAGGAUUAGUACUUCCAAAUGAAAUAAUUAGUAUUGACAUUACUAUAUCCUCCAUUUCCUGGUUUCAGUUUGUUGUUUUCAGAAUCCUGGCUAUAGUGUAUUGAAAAACAGGGCCACCAUUGUAUUUAACUGUCCAAAGUUCAAAAGUUUAAGCUUGGUCUAGCAAGGAAUCUAUAAUAAAUGCAAGUAUAUUA